AUGGCAUUAGAACCAUAUCUAGAAUUGAAAUCAUUACAAUCAAAAGUUACUGUGUUAGGCAAUAAUCCAAUUAAACGUGAACUUGUACUUGGUUUUGAAGAUGGAUCAGUACAAACAUUCGAUCCUGAAACAGGUAAUCUUGUGACAGAUUGUUAUAAACACAAAGGUUGGGUUACUGGAUUAGCUUCAUUACCAGAAGCAAAAGUUUUUUUUUCAACUGGAAAUGAUUCCACUCUUGUUACAUAUAAUGGUGAGUACAUAACGUCGUAUCAAAAGAAAAUAUCAAGAAUUACUCUUCUAGCUAUUGGUUUCGUUGUUGAUAAACUAUACCUUGGUGCUGUGGCUUAUUCAAUAUGUUUUCAUUCUCGUUUGAAACAAAUUAUAUUCGGCAUACCGAAUGGUGUUCAAUUUCAUGAAUAUGAAUUAAAUACUAUAAAUGGUCGGAUAGUUAAAAAUGUUCCAUUGUACGUUAUUUGUCAACACGAAGACCUUGUUGUUGGCGUUAUUAUGUUAGAUAAACUGUACAGCGUUGGUUAUGAUAGCAAAUUGAUUAUUUACGAUUGUCCAUUUGGUGAUAAUCCAUAUGUACAUAAAAAACUUAAUCAUGCCCAUGAUGCCGGUAUCACGUGUCUUAUAGCAAAAAAAGAUACUAUUGAUAAUAAUAAUGAAUGGUUAAUGACGGGAAGUUUCGAUAAGUCAGUAAAAGUAUGGAGUUUAGAUGGAAAAGUAAUCUUUAAAUUUGUCGAUUUUACACAACCGGUAACUGGAUUAACUUAUGUACACUCAACAAAAACUGUUUGGAUAGGUCAAUAUCACUUUCAUGCAUUUUAUUUUAAGUUAAGGAUUAGUUGUUUUUUAGCUGCUGGUAAUAGUUAUGCACACGUGUAUGAUCCAAAAUCUGGAGAGAAUGUAUCAGACUUUAUUGAUACGUGUGUUAAUAUGCAAGAUACAGAGCAACGUCACACCUAUUUUCUGGUAUUACUACGCUAUUUUCCUGAAUUAAAUGUCUUGGUAGCAUCAACAAAUCUGAAACAUUGUCUUGCAUGGCGUUACAAUAAGAACGGUUGUAUAUCAUGUCUAAAAGUACAAUCACCAUUAGAAAGUGUUUGUUAUACAAAAAAAAUCCCUAUAUUAAUGUUCACUGGUGACUCGGAAGGAAAUGUACUGAAAUGGGAACAAACGCAAUCGAAUUUAAUCAUAUAUUCAAGUGAACGUCUAUUAAAAUUUGAAGCAACAAAGGCACAACUAAUGGCAAUGGUUGUUCAAGCAACGUCAAUUGGUAGAAAUAAAGAAAACGAUGAACAAUUCAAUAGUGAACAAAGUCAUUUAUCAACAUCAUCGUUUCAAAAGCAAAAUACAUCUAAUAAAAAUAGUAAAAUAUCUGAACGCCAAUUGCCAGUCUACCAUGUACGAAAUCGUCCGACUGGAAAAAUGAAAAAUCGUGAACAAGGAGUUGGUGGAUACGUAUCUCAAUAUACUCAUUUACAAAAAAAACAAUCGACAUUGAAUCAAACAGCAGUGAAAUCGAUUUUAAAAACAAUAUUUGUGGAAAACUAUGAUUUAAUUAUAGCCGCUAGUGAAGAUACAAAUAUCUACGUAUGGGGCUACGAUUCAGAGGCACUUCAUGCAUUAAUAAUACUUCGUGAUCAAUUGGAUGAUACGCAUGAAGGUGCCCAGGUUGCAAAUCGUGUUUCUGGUUUUACAUUACGUCAUAUAUUUAGUCAGCAUAAUUCCCUUGUGACUUCAAUAGCAUUAAUUGAUGAUGUUGAAACAUUUGGAGACGUAUUUUUGAUAAGUGCUGGAUGGGAUCGUCGAAUAUGCACAUGGAAUUUAACUCAUUUUAUGUUAAAUAGUAUAUUCUAUAAUUCAAAUGCUACAACUGUUGAAGAAGCUGAAAUAGCCAGUCCCGGAAGUAUAUUAGAUUUAGCCUAUAGUCCAUCGUUGAAAUAUUUUGCUUAUUCUACAAGUGAUCAAUCGGUUUAUGUACGAAAGUUUUCAACAAAAGGUUAUGAUAUGGACCUAAUGUAUGCGUUAAAAUCUCAACAAGAUAUUGAUAUAACAUGUAUUCGAUGGAAUUAUAUUACAAAUCAAUGGAUAACAGGAUGCGAAGAUGGUUCCAUUCAACUAUGGGAUUCAGCUGGAGAAUUUAAACACACAAUAAAUGUUCGUGGAAGUGUUCAUGCGAUUACAAUUGAUUAUGUUCAAAAAGUAUUAUUAAUCGGUGCUGAAGAUACGUUAAAAGUUUAUGAUAUGAAAGACUAUACAUGCUUACAAACAAAUAUGGGACAUUCCGAUAUAAUACGUGAUAUUGUAUUUAUUCCUGAACGUGAUCAAUAUAUCACGGUUUCGUGGGAUAAAACGAUGCGCAUAUGGAAUGCUUGGAGUCCUAUAUUAUUGAAACAACAAGUAAAAAUUGUUGAUCCAAAAACACAACUUGCCCAACAAUUAUGGGAAAAACUUCAUGGAUUUGUUGAACAAUCAGGUGUAAUCGACGAUGAUGCAAAUACUAUUGUAGAAAAAUAUUUUCAAAGACAGCAAACAUUUCAUUAUAAUAGUGAUGAACAAUCACGUCAAAUAUCAUCCGUUACAAAAUGA